AGCUGGGAAAUUUCGUCUGACGUGGCAGCGUCUCCUUUUAUUCCCGAAAUCCUCUCCGUCCCCAAUCUCUCUACCCCUUCCCUUCCCCUCUGCAAAUUUCCUCCCCUUCCAUCAUCUCUGCUCUGCGCCCUUCUCCCCCUCCCCCUCGACUCCUCUCCUUCUGCUUCCAUAGUCUCUGUUGCUGUCUCUCGAGCUCCCAAUUGCCUCUGCUGGGGUCGUGUCUGAAGAUUUCUUCCUUACUGUAUUUUCCGGUGGGUUUGGAGUGGAAUCGCUUCCUCUGCAGGAAGAUUUUGGCGGAGGAAAGCUCUCCUUUUGCUCCCUUCAAUCCGUCUCUCCGGUGAAAUCGGCUUCUGGGUUACUCGAUUCUUACGGGAAAAUUUUUGAUUUACCAGAAAUGGCUGCUCAGGACCAGAAUGAAGGCACAACAACUUCAACUGCUUCCAACAUGGACCAAACCAGAGAGAUUUAUUCAUUUGAAAACGACAUUGCACCUAAGGUGAGGAAGCCCUACACCAUAACCAAACAGCGAGAAAAAUGGACAGAUGAAGAGCAUCAGAGGUUUCUUGAGGCUCUAAAACUGUAUGGCCGUGGCUGGCAUCAGAUAGAAGAACACGUGGGCACCAAGACUGCAGUUCAGAUUCGAAGCCAUGCCCAGAAGUUCUUCUCAAAGGUCGAGCCUCGAAAAGUGGCUCGUGGUGUAAAUGGGAAUUCUGAUGGUUCUGUUGUGCCUAUCGAGAUCCCUCCUCCUCGGCCUAAGAGGAAGCCUGUCCAUCCAUACCCACGAAAAUCUGUUGAUGCCAAGGGAACUUCGAAUUCUUAUCAGCCAGAGAGGUCCCCUUCACCGAACUUCUCGAGCAUGGAGAAAGAGUCUGGCUCUCCUACUUCUGUUUUAUCCGCUAUCUUUUCGGAAGGGCAUCAAAGUGGAUCCCGUUCACCAACCUCGUGUACUACCGAACUGCCCUCUGUCAGUUUAGCAGCGGCAGGUAAGGUGAGCAAUGCGAGUGAGGAAGGAGAAUCGGGGAAAGGGUGUUCGACUUCAACACCAAGGAAACUGCCUUCGAUGAGUUGUGAUUCGAAAUCAAGGAACUCUUCAUCGCCUGAUGGAGUCGGAGGCACAAAUGCUCCUUUUACAGCAAUUAAGCUCUUCGGGAGCACUGUUAUGGUUGCGGAAGUUGAGAAACAAUCGCCUGGAGAUACUAACAAAGGUCAAGAAAACUCGACCACCGAGGAUGUUAACAAGCUCGAUGAAUCUUCACAUUCAAAUGAAAAUCAAGAUACGCAAUUGUCUCUUGGGAAGAUCUAUAACGGCCCCAACCCUUUUAGCUCUAGGCAAUUUUCUCCUGAUGGUUCCCUUCAGUUGUGGCCGCUAUAUCAAUGUCCGCCCUUUAUUUACUUUGCUCCGGGUAACCGGCCUCCAGAGUCGAGGCCCACAAACGAGAAGGAGAAAUCUUGUUCAGGGUCUGACAGUACGAUCUCCACGAAUGAAGGGGAGGCUGGGGAGCGAAAUGCGGAUAUAGUCGACUCUAAAUGCGAAAAGAAACUGUGCGAGGCAAGAAGAGGGUUCGUGCCGUACAAGAGGUGUGCGGCGGAGAUCGAGGUGAAAUUGGGUGAAACCUCUGCCCCCGAAGAGCGGCAGCCGCAGAGAGCCCGGGUCUGUUCAUAGCAUCAAAGGACUUGUUCCCUCUCGGUUCGGCAAGAUAUUCGCCACCGAAGUCAUAACAACAGACUAUUCAUUAGGUAGUACGAGGGCAAGAGAAGGGUUAAUACUGAUUUUCUGGUGAGAAGAUGAAGCUGCAGCUGAAGCUGGAGCUCCCACUUUUAUAAGGUGAAGCUGACGAGUGAUAUAGAAUUCACCAAGCGUGAAGUAUGGUGAAAUAGCCGCCGCCGCCUCCUCCUCCUCCUCCUCACAGGACAAAGAUUCUUUGUUUUUUUUUUUUUUUGUCCCCCUCAUUUUCUUGAGGGUUUUAGUUUUUAUUUAUACAGUUCAAUUUAAUUGUUGUAACUUGUAAUGCUCCUCCCUCGAGCUGUUCUUCUGACUUGGUUUUCUAUUUCUAAUUUUUGGGUAAAUUUCCCUUUCUUUUUGGGCGACUUUCCUGCCUUUUCUUUUCAAUUUCCAGACUAUAUUGUCUUAA